AUGGCAGACGGUCAACGCAAAGCAUUGCUGCGCUUUUUGUGAAAUUUACAAAAUUUCCGAUCAUUGCCGGGACUGUCAAAAUAAUCAAAUUAUUUUAUUCACAACAGUAAAGCUUUAUUUAUUUUAUUUGUUAAUAAUUUAAUUGCUUACAUUAUGAGUAAGUACUUACAAAUUGGAUAAAAGUUAUGUAUAAAUUAUUUUAUUUACAUAAGUCUAUCAUUACAGUGAUAACUAUUUCCACUAUUUAAUAAAUGUUUUAAGUACUGUAAUAAUUUCCAUGAAAACAUAAGCUACGGCUUAGUAAAUUAAAUGAUAUCUAAGUAUCAAAUCUGUACUCGCUUUAAAUUUAAUCUUAAUUAAAAAUUUAAAAGUUGUACUUCAAGAUAAACAUGGCUCAAAGCAUAGUGGUCAAGACGGAAGUCCAACCUAAUGGAGAUAUACUUUUAUUUUAUGUGGAUGAACACAAUGCAGACCCAGGUAUAUUGAACUCAAAUCUUCCAGAUGAACAUAUACUACCACACUCGUACAUGGUUGAAGAUUUUGUUGAUGAGGAUUCCCCAGAUGAAUAUGCUAUAGCGCAAGCCACAGAGUUGGUAGCUAGAGAAAGAUGGCAAGAAGAGGACAUAAAACGCCUUAUUACCUUCUUUAUAGACAACAAAGAAACAUUCCUUAGUGGUACCACAAGGAAGAUUCAUUUGUGGGUUGUAGCAUGCAAGACAAUGUUGACAGACAAAAAACCAAUUUCUUGUGAAGCUAAGCUCAAUACUUUAAAGAAAAAAUAUGCACAACUGUGUAUUGAUAAAUUAAAGGGAAUCAAUAUAACUUGGCCAUUCUUCGACCUAUGCCAUCAAGCCUUCUUUGAUGAUAACUAUGUAAGAAUGUGCCUAAACGAUGCUUCUCAAACACCGGUCGUUGUUAACCUACCCACACAGAAUGUGGUUAACCAAGACGGUGUAGUUUUUGUAAAAAAAGUAAACACCGAUCAAACCAAAGACGAGAAGGUCGAAGAGAUGCUCAAGUUGUAUCUCAAAUACAAAAAAAUGUAUCAAAAAAACCAUAACAUGCCAAGAGGUAUGUGGGACACCAUCGCUACUGAACUAGGACAAGAGAGUGCAGAGUAUUGGCAAAAACGUUUUUUGAAUUACAAACAGCAUUAUAUAAGGAUGAUUCACAAACGCAACGAAGUUGGUGAAGAAGGUAUAAACUGGCCUUACAUUUCAUAUUUUGACCAAAUAUACGGUGAUGAUAUGGAUUUUCAAAAGAAGUUCUUCCAAGACGAUAGCAAACCUGACGCUGAUGUCGUAAUAGAAAAUUUGCAUAAUAUUUGGAAUGAUUUGGAGAAGACUUUUCUAGUCAAAUAUUAUUUUGACUGUUUCAACGAAUACCAAGAUCCAACGAUACCAAAAAAAUUUCUAUGGAAAGAAGUCGGUCGAUUGAUUGACAAACUACCAGAUAUGUGUAAACAAAAAUAUGAAGAGCUUAAAAGUGCACAUUUUGAUAAACUUUUAAAAGGAGAAUACAACUUAUUAGAAAGAUUACCCAUAGACAUACUCUUCGAUAAUAUUAUUGCCAAAGAAGUAGAAAUUGAAAUAGAGAAAUAUUGUGACAAACCCAUUACAUGGACGUUAGAUGAAAUUGAUGAAUUCGUACAAUAUCUAUAUAAUAAUUGUGAUAUGGUGAAAGAUUCUGUCUGUUACUUUGUAUGUUGGGCUGUACUUGCAAAGAAAUUUCAAAAAAGCAUACAUUCAUGUAAAACUCAAUGGGAUGAAUUGACUUCUCUAUAUAAAUCUGUUCUGAAUGAUAAAAAGGAGUAUCCUGAUAUGCAACUAACAUGGAGAUAUAUAGAUUUGUUUGAUAGAAUAUUUGAUUAUGGAAUGGAUUCAAAUCUAUUUCAUGGCUACAAAAAAAAUGAAGACAAAACAUUAGUUGAUAAACCUUUGAAAUUAGGAGCUAAACGAAUAACCAUAAAGAGCGAAAAUGAAUUAGAAAACAGACAGUCUUCUGAAGAUGAAGAGUCGUACGAUGACCGUGGUUUCACAAAACGGACCAAAAAAGGCAACGGUGAUGCUAAAGCGUUCAAAAUACUCGAGUAUCAUCUCAAGAAUAAGGAGAAGUUUGCUUCGUCCCAGUACAAGAAGCUAGCCCUAUGGGAGGUCUUGGCCAAACAAAUAGGUGUCUCAGCCGCAGAAUGUGCGCAUAGAUUUAGGAAUUUUAAACAGGUUUACACGGGAUAUGUGCAGAGAGAAAUAAACAAACCAGAGAAACCCAUAAUAUGGCCGUACUAUAGUUUAUGUAAGAAAGUGUUCGGAUACAGAGCAAUCAAAACUAAACUGAAACAUGGUAAAAUGGACUCCGAUGAUGCUGAAGACUGGACUGCGAAGGAAAUCAAGCAACUUAUAAAUUAUUUUGCAAGAUAUUACUGUUUGUUUAUUGACGAUGUGGAGGACAAGACCAAGUGGACUGAUUUGGCGAAGGAGCUGGGUAGAUCACCGCUGUGUUGUUGUGAGAAGUUCCUCGAAUUGAGGAAGUCUUAUAGGAAAUUGAAGACUAUGAAAACAAGGAGACCUGACGUAAAAGUUUCAUGGAAGUACUUCAAUAUGAUGGAUGAGAUUUACAAGAAAGGAGCUCAAGAUGUAGAGAUAUUGGAGGACAUGGAGGUGGAAAAUGGAUACGACUGUGACCUUCCUCAGGAAGACGACUAUCAAUGCAUCAUAGUAAUGCCAGAUGGCGAAGACGUAGACAAUACGCAAAUUUUAAUCCAAAAUGACAAUCAGAUGAACGAAUUCGACGAUAUAAAAAUCAAAACGGAAUACAAACAAAUUGUAACCAAAUGGAACCGCAGAAGCAAAACUAAGCUUCUCAGUUUGUAUUUGAAAUAUUUGAAAUCACAUGAAGAAAUAAAUACUAGAGAAAUGUGGACAAUGAUUGCAUCUCAAAUGGAGGAGAAAACACCUAUUUCCUGCAAGAAAAUGUAUUUAAAACUAAAACUGCUCUUGAAUGAAGACAAAAGGACCCCAUACCACAAUUUGUUAGAGAAAAUAUUGGCCAUAAAACCAGAAUUCAAAAAGGCAUCUAAAAACCAAGAUUUGGAUUCGAUAAAAAUAUUUAAAGACGUACAAAUAGAUGAUGAAAAAGUACAUAAAGCUUUGAGAUAUUAUUUAUUAAAUUUAGAGGAUUUUAUAAGUCCAAAAUUUGAGAAAAAAUACCUAUGGACGGAGUUAGCUAAAUACAUUUCAGAGCCUGUUGUUAAAGUUUUUCAUAAAAUUAAUUAUUUGAAGGAAACUUUUAAUGGUGAUUUGUAUACUCCUUUUAAGGAGACACUUCAUGAUAUUAUAAAUAAAGAAAAUGCUCUGAAAGAUGCAAUAAUGAAUGAUUUACCGACUUUAGAUGAAGAGGAUACAACGGAAACUUGGUCAGAUUUGGAAAUCGAGAGAUUGUUGACUUGGUAUUUGGCACAUUUGGAUAAAUUCAAAAAUCCAAAAUUUGUGCGGAGCUAUUUAUGGAUGGAGGCUUCGGAUAUUUUGAAAAAGAGUCCUUUGGUUUGCUCGAAAAAGAUGUUAGAAAUAAGGUCUCAAUACAGAACUAUGGUUAAGGAAAGUCCUGAGGAAUUGGACAAUUGGAAGUUUUAUAAUUUGUGCCAACGUAUCUAUGGUACUGGUAAAAAGUCAUUAAAUGGUUAAAGUUAUACAUCGCAUGUAACUCAUUCCUUUAAUUUUAGUCCAAGAGCUGGUAAACAUAUUUGGGUAGGCAAUAGGCUAAUUAACACUUUUCUUAAAAGAGACUUAUAUUGUUCAUUAUCGUUCUAGUAGAUUGAAAAAAAAUAUUAUAUUUUUACGAGACAUGAAUACAUACAAAAUUUCAAUUUUUAAAUAUUUUUUUGACAAUACGAGCCAAAACGCUAUCGGCUAUUAUGGUCUAUAUUUUAACUGUUUCAUAAUGUCACGUUAACACUAAAUCUUAAUCAAACGGAGUGUUUAAAUUACUAGUUAAUAAAUAGUUUGACGUUUAUCCCUUUAGUGACAUCAAGAAACAUCGUGACGUCACAAAAUGGACGACAGUGUUUUUGACGUUUGGAAAAAAUGAUUAAAUACAUGAUUUUUAAAUUAAGUUUUCUAUGAAACUUUUAUUAAUUGAUAUCGAUAUAUUUCGGACCCUUAUUCCAUGUUUUACACGAAAUCAAUAUUGUUUAUAUUGAUAUGAGUCAUCUACCAUAUUCA